AUGAAUGCCAGAUAUUCAGCAUGUCCAGGUGCUCCAGUGAACCCCCGGGCUGAGCAGUGUGCAGCAUUUAACAGUCAGGAGUUUAUGGGACGUGUGUAUGACUGGGAGCCUUUCACAGAAGUGGGCCUCGAGCAACAGUGUGAGUUGACCUGUCGACCCGUCGGCUACCGUUUCUACGUCCGCCAGGCGGAGAGGGUACGAGAUGGAACUCUGUGUGCAAACAACACACCCAAUGAUGUGUGUGUGGGAGGCCGCUGUCUGAGCGAGGGUUGUGAUGGUGUGUUAGGUUCAGGGUUGCUUCGGGAUCGCUGUGGUGUGUGUGGAGGUGAGGAGGGAACCUGCAAGAGGAUCUCAGGAAGUUUUAUGAACACGAGCGUUCCACUGGGUUUCCACAAAAUCUUGGAUAUCCCCCCCGGAGCCACGGCUAUCAACAUCACACAGAGACGAGCCAGCCCCAACUACCUGGCCCUGCGCAGUGGAACGGGUCAGUCUGUUGUGAAUGGACGGUGGGCGGUCGAUCCGCCGGGCGAGUAUCAGGCCGGGGGGACCACCUUCCUGUACAACCGCCCGAAAGCCGUUCCUCAGGAGCAGGGGGAAGGGAAAGGAGAAUCUCUCACCGCACCUGGACCCACGACAGCCCAACUGCAGUUAUACAUUAUUUUCCACAGGCAGAAUCCAGGCAUAGACUAUGAAUAUUACAUCCCAGUGGAGAAACAGAGAGACGGAGAGAGAGAAGAACAGAGAGAGAGGGAGAGAGGACGAGCGGCACUCAGAGAAAUCAGUGCUGUUGAGAACCCUGCUGCUUUUCCUCCUGUUUCCGCUUCACCGCAGUUUUCUUUCUCUUCCUCAUCAUCUUCCUCCACAUCUGAUCGAUGGCCGGCAGAGAGGCCCCGCCCACCAGGGGCAGGAUCCAAUCGUAACGCCCGGAUCCCUCCCCGCACAGACCUCCCAUUGGACAAUCAGCCUCCGUUCGUGUGGCGCAGAGGUGCUCUGUCAGAAUGUUCAGCCACCUGCGGCAAAGGCUCCCAGUACAGAGAGAUCGUGUGUGUGAACAGACACACAAAUCAAGAAGUCCACGACAGAAGGUGUGACUCCGCAACCAAACCUGCCCCAGAGGAGGAACCAUGCAACAUCCAUCCAUGCCCACCAUUCUGGGAUAUGGGGCCGUGGUCAGAGUGCAGUGUCUCGUGCGGCUGGGGCGUGCAGCAGCGACACAUACAGUGUAGGCAGAGUUUCGGGAAUCGCUCUACAAUGGUUCACCCUCAGCGAUGUGCUAGUCUCACCAGGCUCAACUCCACUCAGUCCUGCAACCAUCGAGUCUGCUCCCACUGGGAGAUCAGCACCAACUGGAGCACGUGCUCAGUGGAUUGCGGAGUAGGAAAGAGAACCAGGAGCGUUCGCUGUGUCAGUGAUCGUGGAAGUGCUGUCAGUGAGAGGGAGUGCAAUGACAAGCUCCGCCCACAACAAACCGAAGACUGUCAGAUGGGACCCUGUGUCUCAAACUGGUACUUCACUGAUUGGACAAACGCUUGUUCUGCAUCAUGCGGUCCAGGUGUCCAGCGGAGAGAUGUGGUGUGUUUGUCUAGAGGAGGGAGGAGAGAAGGAGAUGGAGGAGGAGAUUGUGUGGAGGACAAACCGGCUGAUAUGAAGGCCUGUAACGGGGGUCCCUGCACACCCACCAACCUUUGGUACACCGGACCGUGGGGACAGUGCAAUGCUGCAUGUGGGAACGGAACCCAGCGCAGGGAUGUCAUCUGUGUAAAAAAGACAGGAAGUGACUUCACAGUGACCAGCGCCAGAGAAUGCUCACACUUGGAGAAACCGUCCCCAGUUCAGCCGUGCGAACUACAGCCCUGCAAACCGCAGUGGUUCACCACCGAAUGGAGCGCGUGUUCUCGUUCCUGCGGCCAUGGUGUGCAGACACGCGAGGUACGCUGUCUGACGGUGGACAAACAGCACAGCACAGCCUGCGACCUUGAAUCCAAACCUGCACACAAACAAUCUUGCAACACAAUACCCUGCAGUCCCUUUGAAGAUGAGAACUGUAAAGACAGACGACAUAAUUGUGUAACUGUGGUUCAGGCUCGACUUUGCGUCUACUCUUAUUACAAGACCGCCUGCUGCGCUUCCUGUACACAGAGUGCCCAGCGGGCCAAAAGACAAUGACCCUACACAGGUUAAAGGUCACAGAGAUGUCGACCUAGCGCUUACUGAGAUUAACUACAGGCAAUCAGAGCCUAAACCUUAGCCAAUCAGUGAUUAGUUUGUAGAAAACAGCCAGAAAACAGCCAAUCAGAGGCUGAAUCAAGUCUAAAUGGAAUGAACUGAGCUGAGAUCUGGAACCCUUUAAAAUGAAAGUUCAAAACAUGGGCUCAUUAGGCACGACUUCAUCGAGAUCUGUGCACAACAGUAGCUUUAUUCCCAGUGAUGAAGAUUCACUAGCAGUGCUUGGACUGUUUAGUACACUAUACUAUCAGUGAGGAUGCCAAACACCUUUAACUAAACAAAUGCACUGAUGUCACAGCUCCAUGUUCUGGACACUUAUAUGAAGAUAAUUAUAAACUCUAGAAGUUCCAUGAUGCAUUUGUCACACAGAUGUCACAUGAAGUGUUUCACAAGUUAAUCGACAGAAUUCAAAUAAGAAUCAUGGGUAUUUCAUUUAAUACGCAGGAACGUGCCACGGUGAAACAUUAAAGGGAUAGUUCACCCAAAAAUGAAAGUUCUGUCAUCAUUUACUCACCUUCGAGUUGAUCCAAAUCUGUAUAAAUUUCUUUGUUCUGAUUAACACAGACAAAGAUAUUUGGAAGAAUUCAUAUAACCAAACAGAUAUUGCCCCUCAUUGAAUCCCAUAGUAGGAAAAAAUACAAUGGUAGUCAGAAGUGCCCCAGAACUGUUUGCUGUCCUACAUUCUUCAAAAUGUCUUCUUUUGUGUUCAACGGAACAAAAAAUGAUAAAUUAUUUUUUCCUACUAUGGGACUCAAUGGGGGGCAAUAUCUGUUUGGUUAUAAGCAUUAUUCCAAAUAUCUUUCUCUGUGUUUAUCAGAACAAAGAAAUUCAUACAGAUUUGGAACAAUUCGAAGGUGAGUAAAUGAUGACAGAAUAUUCAUUUUUGGGUGAAGUAUCCCUUUAAGAAUACCAGAUUGUACAAACAUGUACACAUUUGCUGCCUUCAAGUCAUGUCAGAACGAUUAUUUGCGAGAUGAACACACAAGAAUCCCACAAACAAAACUCGACCCAAUCUGAGUUGGGGGUGUGCCAAUCUUGUGCAACGAAAGAUUUUCCUGUAUAUGAACUGUCAAUAUUUUUGAUAAAUAUUUGAAAAUAUAUAGAAUAAUACAUUUCAAUAUUACAAUAUAAUGAAUAUAAGGAAUUGUCGCUUUUCAUAUAUUAAAAAAUGAGCACUUUGUUCCAAUAUAUGGAAAUGUAUUAUUUAAUACAGUAUAUUGCAUUAUGUUUUCCAGUAUAUUGCCAUUUAUUUUGGUUUCGUAAGGGCAAUUAAAGAAUCAUGGAGGAAGCAAAUUGCUAUUGCUGAAGUUUUAGUUGUGAAUGUAUUUAUUUUGUACAUAUUUUAUGUACUGUUGAUGAAGAAUAGAGAUCAAAUUUGCCCACGAUUCUCUGUGGCAACAAUUGAACAAAUUGCAUUGCAUUCACUCACGUACCUACACAUGCUUUAUUAUUCAUUUUGUUGCCCAAAAUUCCCUGUUUUUUUUUGAGAAAUGGAAACAUAAUAUUGCCCAAUUCGUCCAUCUUUUUUUGACCUAAUGAACCACAUCUUUGUUAUGAUUUUGUUUUAAUUGCCAGGAGGAUUUGAAGGCAGCAGUAGAAUAACACCCCCACCCACCCAAAGCGGUCCCUUUGGCUUUAGUCCCUAAUUUGUAUUAUACGCAAAUAAUAAAAGUCCUACAAUAUUUACAUACUACAGUAUACAUGUGCUCAUAGCUGUCUGAAUUUAUAACCCACGACUAUUCUAAAAUGUUAUUUUACAUAUGCCAUAAAGAGUUCAUAUCUGAUUCUUUCUUCCUUUACAUAAUGAACUGUAGGCCAGUUUGGUCUGAAUGUAUCAGUCAUUUAAUAUUUCAUGUAUGCUCCAGGUUUUUUCAUUAGUUGCCCACAAUGUAAAUUCAGAAAUGGCUAUUAUUGAACACUCAGAAGCCGUACCAGUUUUAAUAUCUUUAUCAUGAUUUAAGAGAUUGUUUUUUCUGCGCAUUCCCUGUUUUGUAACAUGUUAUCACAAGCCCUGCUUUUGUUGAAAGAUUUCUAGUCACAAUAUAUUACUGGUACUUUGUAUUAAGUUCUUAAGUGUUAAUCAUGUUAGGAUAUAAUGUUACAUAUAAAGCGUAAUUUUCCACCCAAAACAACAUACAGUUUAGGAUUGUCCAUCAGGAUCAAGCUCUGGUUCUUACGUAUGAAACAUGUGAACUUCUGUUACCAGCCCAUAGCUAUAACCACUAGGUUGCCCCAACCUCUUAUGCAAAUGAGCAAUUGAAAUGAGCAGAAUGUGUAGAUGAAUCAUGCAGAAGAGUUGGGUUUCUUUUUCCGUAAAACCUCAAUAUUGGUUGGUGUAUUUGUUUGUGCGCGCGCGUGUUUGUUUGUGUGUGUGUGUGUGUGUGUGUGUGUGUGUGUGUAUGUUUGUUGUGCCUGAGAGUUUAUGUAUAUAUUCUGUUUGUAUAGCAUCACAUACAUUUAAUCCAUUAGCAGAUACUCUAUGUAAGACUAGAAAGACUUUUAUAUAUAAAGCAUAGUUAUUUAUCUAUAAUAAAAAACAUAUAAUUUAUUUUUUUUCUUAAAUGGAUCAGUUACUGUGUUCAAAAUCAAUUUAUGGUAAACAUUUCUUGUUGCUUUGUUAUGAAAAAUGUGUGAAUUUUACCACAAUUAUUAUUCAUAAUAAACAAACCUAAA